AUGUCUUCCCAAGCGCACACUUUGAACACCUACUGCUUCAAAAAUUCCAGGAAUUCCUUCGCACCAAAAACCACCACCAAAUCCCUCGGCUUCAACGACAUUCUCAUCAAAACGACUCACUCCGGCAUCUGCUUCACUGACGUACACGCCAAGUCAAAAGAAUGCGGAUUGGGGCACGAAGGUGUCGGUCACAUCGUCGAAGUCGGUCCAGCAGUAAGACAACUGUCUAUCGGAGACAGAGUCGGCUGGGGCUGGCUCCACACUUCUUGUGGCCAUUGCAAAACUUGCGUGACUGGCUACCGACAGUAUUGUUCAGAAGCAAGAGGUUUUGCAUUCUCAGACCUGGACCAAGGCGCCUUUGGCGAUUUCAGGAUCAUUGAUGCGGAAUUUGCGUACAAACUCCCCAACGGCAUCUCCUCUGUACACGCAGCGCCGCUGAUGUGUGCUGGAGCUUCUGUUUACGAAGCUCUCGAUGCAGCUGGUACGAAAGCUGGGGACAGAGUCGGCAUCGUGGGACUCGGGGGCCUGGGUCAUAUGGGCGUGCUCUUUGCGAGAGCGAUGGCUUGUGGUGUGACAGUCAUAUCGAACUCAAUGACAAAGAUUCCUGAUGCAUGGAAGCUAGGAGCCGAUGAAUUUCGGUAUGCCGACAGAAUUGGAUCCGUACACCGAAGAUUUGGCGCCGUGGACGAGCCAAACUCAAUGAACAUUGAUGUGUUGCUGGUCACGUCCAAUGCUGUCCCCAAGCUGGAAACAGUAUUACCGCUGCUUGCAAGACGGGCAACAGUCGUAUUGAUGACGAUUCAGCAGGAAUCUCUGGUAGUGCCUUAUAUGCAGUUCGUUCUCCCUGGCCAUCGGUUGAUAGCCUCGACGGAGGCUUCGCGAGAGAAUCACAUCAAGAUGCUGGAGUUUGCCGACAGACAUCAGAUCAAGCCCUGGGUCGAGGUCUUCGACAUGGAUGCAACGGGCCUGAAGGAAGCAUUUGAGAAGUUGGAAAGCGGCAACAUGCGAUAUCGAGGCGUUUUGCAACGAUCUAACUCUCUCGAGUUGUAA